CCUGCCCGGCGCGGGUUUCCCUGGGUUUCCCCUGGGCCCUCCCGCGCGCCUAGCUCCUGGCUCCCUUCCUCGUCGCGCCCUACGCGGUCAUUUUCGGGCGCGCGCCUCUCCUCGUGCGGGGGAGCCCAGGGCCGGGAGGCUCCGAAUGCGCGGCGAUUGGCUGACACGUGGCUGCGCGUGCGGCCUGAGAAACUGGGCAGCGCUCAGAGUCGGCUCCUGGGUUGGUGCCGGGCUCAUCUCAGCUUCAAGUCUUGGAGCAAAAAUCAGAGACAUUGCCAGAGUAAACAAGAACAGAAGUACAAAUGGAGGACUGGUCAAAAGGGCCUAAAUAUUGAUGGUGGUGAUCACUGUUAUUCCAUCCAUCUGUGAAAGGUUGGGAUACAAUCCAGGUGGGACCAGCAGAGUUCUUUUAUUGGGAAGCUCCUGCGUCUGCUCUGAGUUUGGAGAAGAGACCAUAGUCAUAGGUGAAAAGACAGUGAUUUACCCAACGUUCAACAGAUCACACAACUUGACAUUAGAUACAGUCCAUGGUUAUCUUAAACAAGAGACUACAGAGAGAAAUAAAAGUAUACAGCCAGAUGAGCAACCGACUAUGAAUUCUAAGGGAAGCAUGCAUCAGAAAUCCAAUGAAUUAGUUAAUGAAGCCACAUGUGAGAACACAGAAUUGCCAGGGCAGAGACCAAGGAGUUUUCCUUAUCCAGGUGAUAAGACAGCUUACUGCACUACUGAAAAAUCCAACAUUAUGGAACAUAGGAAUAAUGAUUUGCAUUGUGAAUGUAUGAUUCCUUCUCAAGUUACUUCAGACUUAAAUAAAGAGAAGACAAUAACAUUUCUUCUUAAAGAAUUGGACAUUCUCAGAAUAAGCAAUAAAAAGCUUCAAGAAAAACUGACUAAAGAAGAUAAAGAACAGAGAAAACUAAAGCUUAAGCUGGAACUCCAAGAGAAAGCAAUAGAAGCCCAAAUUGCUGAAAAGACAGCAGCACUGGUUGAAGAAGUGUAUUUUGCACAGAGAGAACGUGAUGAAGCUAUUAUGUCUUGACUACGGUUAGCCAAUGAGGAGCAAGAUGAAGCAAUUGCACAAGCCAAGAAUAUGGAAAUGUCUCUAAAAAUGCUAGAAAAUAUUAACCCUGAAGAAAAUGACAUGACAUUGCAGGAAUUACUGAACAGAAUAAACAAUGCAGACACGGGGAUAGCUAUUCAGAAGAAUGGAGCUAUAAUUGUGGAUAGAAUCUACAAGACCAAGGAAUAUAAAAGGAGGAGAACUGCAGAAGAAAUGAAUGCAGUGAUAGAGGAACGAGAUGCUGCUUUGUCACAGUGCAAACGGCUAGAGCAGGAGCUUCAUCAUCUGAAAGAGCAGAACCAGACUUCAGCAAACAACAUGAGACAUCUGACUGCUGAAAACAAUCAAGAACGUGCUCUGAAGGCAAAGUUGUUAGCUAUGCAACAAGCCAGAGAAAUUGCAGUUCAACAGUACAAAACACUGGAAGAAGAAAUCCAGACACUUCGAGUUUACUACAGUUUACACAAAUCUUUAUCCCAAGAAGAAAAUCUGAAGGAUCAGUUUAAUCAUACCCUUAGUACCUAUGAAGAAGCUUUAAAAAAUAGAGAGAACAUCGUUUCCAUCACUCAACAACAGAAUGAGGAACUGGCUGCCCAACUGCAGCGAGCUCUGACAGACCGGGCGAACGUAGAACUGGAGCUUCAGGAAGCCAUGGAGGCCUCCCACGCAGCCAAUGAGAGAGUUCGAAAGUUGGAAAGGCUCGUGGAUGUCCUGAGGAAGAAGGUUGGAACAGGGACCAUGAGGACAGUGAUCUGACAGAACAAACGACAGUCUGGGGAAGCAAUCACAUCUGGUGACCAGGCUGCUUCAUUCAACCCUGUGUAAACACUAAAGCCUUAACUUAGCAAACAGUUGUUAGAAGUGGGACACUCCAACCACAUUCCAAGCUGAGAUAAAAUCAAAUCACAAAUGUUUAACCACUUUGCUGCUGACUUGAGUUAUUUAUCCAAAUACAUUAACUACAGGCUUUUACCAAUGAGUAGCUAUAAAGUUGCAGGUUAUUUUGUAACUAUUUUAUAUUUCACUGUAUUUAAUAUAAAUCCUUUUACUGAGAGAGCAUUAUAGAAACAGAGUAAAGUUGGUCUGGAUCAUAUCUUCACAUAUGGCCCUUUGUGAAUCAAAAUGCAGCAAAGCAAAUAUUCUCUAAACCUUAAUCCUUCAUAUUGGUCAAAAUUUCAGAUACGUGCAUUUUUCAAUGCAGAGUUUAUUUCUUAACGGUUGAAAGAAGCUGAGACAUAAGCAUGUAUAGUCUUCACUCAUUGCAUGCAUGUAAUCUUUGUUAGUAUUAAAGGACAUUAAGUAUAGAUACCAAGAAUUAACUAUAUAACUUGCUUUAAUAGGAGUUUGGUACUUUAAAGUUACAUUAAUCAAGGCAUGAUUUUUGUUUCACUACAAAUAAUACAGACUUUUCAAUAAAAAGAGGAUACUAUUAAUGUGUACUUAUAAA